AUGAAGAAUUGCAUAAAUUUAAAUGCUUCGAAAUUGGACUUGCUGACGCUAGAAGAAUUGAGGGAUCCGUCGUUGAUUAGCAGAUAUCCACCAUUGUUUCAAAGAAAGUCAACCUAUGUGGAUUUAGGUGUCAAUGCAUUGACCAACCCACUCCCCAGGUCAAGGCUACAGCUGGGCAAUGUUUCGUCUCCGCCAGGGGCAGCAAGAUCGCCCGCUGGGAAUUUGCGGCAAAUAAACACCCAUGUAUACAACACAAUCACCCCGUCAUCAUCCUCGGAAGACGCAUCGGGUGGUGCACAGCACCAGAGCAAACUUAGCCGGUUCCUCAAGUCCCUAUCUCGAACUCACAGGAAAGACGCGAAACAAAACAUGGUCAAGAAAUCCAUCAGUGGGCCGAUUCCUCAGCAGAAACAGCGUUCUCUCAAGCAAAACAAUUUCGAUCCCCCUGGUGCCAACUACAAAAACGCACUAUACCCGGCAAAAAAGAGAUCAAACUCUAUAAAGAUUAAACGCGACGUCUCUGCGUCUUCGUCCUCGUCGGGUGAAUCCCGAUUUCAGUUGGCCUCGACGCCAAUUUCAUUGAGUUCGGGUUUGUAUAAAAAGGGACCAUCGACGAGCUCGGGCCGUAACAAAUUCCACCCCACGUCGCCGAAUGAGCCGCUGUCGGCCAUCAACACAAUAGUCAUACCGCCAGUGGGCUCGAACCACGUGAUUGGAGACCCCGCGCUUUUCUCCAACCCCAUAGUGCAUCCGAAUUUUAGAAGCCAUAAUCUAACUGAGCUCACCACUCACAAUUCCCCAUGCAGCAGACCCGAUGUUUCGUUUGCCCGGUACGACAUGAUGAAUCUCGACAGCAACGCAAUGUCGCCCAUCGACGAUGAAAUCGUGGAAGUGGACUCGGCCCAACACGCCUCAGAUAUCUGCAUCCCCAAUGACGAGUUCAUCCCCAUUUCGUCAUUUUUCUUACCCACGACCAACGAUUCACUAGACAGCUUUUACAGCUGUGGCCAAGCUGGCGAAGCUAAACACACAGGGUAA